UUACUUUCAAAAUUUCUCGAAUUUUUAGUUGCACUCUAUUUUAUGAUAGUAGUCGCGGUAUAGAUGGCCAAAGUAGUAGAAGCAGAGGAAACUGCAGAUUUUGAGACGGCAAUUUCAGCAUGUGGCUUCGGUGUAUUUAAUGUUAUAAUUAUUGUCUGCGCGCUCCCCUGCUUAACAUCAAUGGUAUUCUCUGCCUCGGUGAUAUCUUAUGUGAUGCCAACGGCUGAGUGCGACUUGAACCUCAGCGUAAUGGACAUGGGAAUGCUGAAUGCGAUGACCUAUUCAGGCAUGAUUUUAUCAGCCAUACCGUGGGGCUUUGUAUCGGACACACUCGGUCGUCGCCCGGUUCUAAUCUAUGGCGGUUUCAUUGACGGUAUCUUCGUCCUCUGCUCGGCCCUAAGUCAAAAUUCAAUCCAAUUGAUGAUAUUUAAAUUCUUCGAUGGACUAGCUAUCUGCGGCCCCUUUGCGGUUGUCAUCAGCUAUCUGGCCGAGUUCCAUGGCCAGAAGCACAGGCACUAUAUAAUGUUCCUUAUCGGCUUAUGUGUUUCCGUUGGAGCAAUGACAUUGCCAUUACUGGCCUACUUAAUACUGCCACGGCACAUUUCUUUUAAAUUGGGAGCCAUGAAGUUUCACACAUGGCAGGUGUUUUUGGCUAUUUUGGCUCUGCCAACUUUUUUAAGUGGACUUCUGCAUAUCUUUCUGCCGGAAAGUCCCAAGUUUCUUAUGGCCCACGGCUACUACAGCAAAGCGUUAGAAUGUUUUCAACGUAUUUACGCAAUGAACAAGCGCACAAGCCGCAAAGCUUAUCCGAUCAAAAGUGUGAGCGAUGUUAAGCCAGAGCAAAUGGAAGAAAAUCAGUUAUCGGUGAUGCAGAGGUGCCGUAAGGCUAAGUUUAUAUUUUGUGAAGGACUAAAGCAGCUGAAACCAAUGUGCAAAUGCCCUUAUCUGGGAGUGUCCAUUCACGUUUAUCUGCUGCACUUUUGCCAAAUUAUGUGUGUAAACUCGAUUCGUUUGUGGAUGCCAAAAAUCUUUGCCACGAUGCACGCCUUUGAGGUGAGAGAAUAUGCGGAUCGGAGCAUGUGCGCAGUCCUCAAGCACAAUUCCGAAAUGAACUUCACAAAGGAGCAGAAAAGUCAGGAAUGCGACAUAGUAGCAUCAACAACCAGGAUCCUACACUGACAAUAUCAUAGUUUCAGCCAUUGGUCUUCUAGGAUUUUUAAUUGUUUUUCCCCUGCUGAGCUUUCAAGCAUUCGCCAGCCACA